AUGAGCGGCACUCCGUCCCCCUCUGCUUGGGACCGCGAAGAAGAGGAGCUUCUUAGGACUCCCUCACCUCACCCUCUCUUAGAGGUCGCCUCUUGUGGCACCAGUCCUCCCACGACGCCCUUCCCUGAUCGCCCUGUCACCCCUCCUCCAGAUUUUCGGGAUGCAGUUCAUCCCCCUAUGCCCCCUCGACCUGGCCCUCCACCCCCCGCGACCACUUAUCGGCAAUUUCGCUGCAUGGUCUGCGGAGAGGUCGGGCACAUCACCUUCCGAUGUGGCCACUUCGCGCCCCUCACCCCCCAGGAACGUUGGUCAUUAGUCAGGCGGGAAGGCAGAUGCGCCAACUGCCUCAGCGCGCAACACGCCGACGGCGUUUGCGCAAGCAAGAAACGAUGCGCUCAAUGUGGCAGAGCGCAUCACACCAUGCUGCAUCUCCCUGAUGGGCAUUUUGCUCCCUCCUCGAGCGGCCCCCAACCUCCUUCUCAGCUCAUGUUCGUUGACAUGUUUAAUUCACUCAAGAGACCGGCUCCCUUCUGCCAGCCGCCGCCGGACUAUGAAGGGUUCCGCCGACGCCGCCCCAACCCCAUCCCUGCGGGUUACGAGGCGCCGUCUCCCAUGCCGGGCCUCCCACGGUUCCCCCCGCCGUCACCAAGGCCACCCUCUCGAGGCUAUCCGCCCUUGUUAAGAAUGCCGGAGCCUUUGGUGCCCUGCUCUCCGGUCCCACCUCAGUCUCCGCCGCCAGCCAAUCCGUGGUGGCCGGAAGACCCCUUAUACGAGUUCGGGUUCGAGCGGUUCUUCCCGCGGACUCCUCCUCCAACGUCAUCACCGCUGCCGUCUAUUUAUGAACUCGAUCCAGGCACCCCCCCCUCCAGAGCACCUUUGGAACCAUCACAUAACCGAUUGGGACGAGUUCGACCCCUUCACGCCACGCAGAUUUCGCCCUCCGAGCCCAGCACCUCCGAUCUCAUUCAACCCCCCGGUUCUCCUCUCAUUCAUUUGGAGCCAGAGGAGAUGGUGGAAGUGAGGCCACGAGGUCGCGGCUUCCCAGCUUACGAGUCGCCGCCGCCCAGCCGUCCAUCCUCACGGCCCGGCCCCUCUAGUGCUCGUGAGCGUGUUCGGUCCCUAGCCCGUGGACGCGAGGCCACCCGUCAGCGAGACGCCUCCCGCGCCCGCUUCCACGGAUCCCGCCGUCUAGGGCCAGGCCGUAGCUCGAGACCGCGCCGCUCCCCGCCGCCCGCCCGGAUGAUGCAAUCCCCGGAACGCGACCCCCUCUACGCGCGAGUUCGGCUCAGGGGCUCUGGUGCGUACGUCUUCGCCCGACGCGACUGGCACUAG